UUCAUUCCCCAGCUGAUGGCUCGCGGUGUGACUCUGGUUGGGCUGUUUCACUUCCCCUCGGCCCCUGCUUCUCCUUCUCUAAACGACGGAGCUCACCGGCAGCGUGAUGGAGUCCUCAGGCCGUCGUUUGGAAGCGACAAGAGCUCGGAUCUGACAAGCACAGUGGGCUACGACAGCAUCAUACAACAUCUGAAUGAUGGCAGGAAGAACUGCAAAGAGUUUGAAGACUUUUUGAAGGAAAGGGCAAUUAUAGAAGAAAAAUAUGGCAAAGAGCUCAUUAACUUGUCGAAGAAGAAACCUUGCGGGCAGACGGAGCUGAACACGCUGAAGAGAUCCCUCGACGUUUUCAAACAACAGAUAGACAAAGAGGGGCAAGGUCACAUCCAGCUGGCGCAAACCCUUCGGGAGGAAGCGAGGAAAAUGGAGGACUUCAGGGAAAAGCAAAAACUGCAUCGGAAAAAGAUAGAACUGAUAAUGGAUGCGAUUCACAAAAACAGGAAUUUGCAGUACAAGAAGACCAUGGAGGCCAAGCGGCUCUACGAGCAGCGCUGCAGGGACAAGGACGAGGCGGAACAGGCUGUGCACCGCAACGCAAACCUGGUGACACAGAAGCAGCAGGAGAAGCUGUUCCUGAAGCUGGCUCAGACGAAAUCGGCUCUGGAGGACUCUGACAGGAAUUACCAGCAGAGCGUUACCACACUGGAGAAGAUCCGAGAAGAAUGGCAGAAAGAGCACAUCAAUGCUUGCGAGUUCUUUGAGACUCAGGAGUGGGAGCGGAUCAACUAUUUCCGCAAUGCCCUCUGGCUCCACGUCAACCAGCUCUCGCAGGACUGCGUCCAGAAUGACGAGAAAUACGAGGAAAUCCGCAAGAGUUUAGAAAUGUGCAGCAUUGAGAAGGAUAUUGAUUUUUUUGUAAAUUUACGGAAAACUGGAAGCUUGGCUCCAGCUCCUGUUGUUUAUGAAAACUACUAUAAUACGCAGAGAAAUCCAACUCCUGUGAGAAGUCCAGUUCCUGUACCUAUAUCAAGGAGGGGACCUCUACCCACCCCGACCAGCGUGCCAGGUGAUCCUGAUUAUGCCACAGUUAGUGACUACAGCUUGAUAAGUCACUAACAGCCACAGCAGAAGACACUGUUGGUCUGGGCAGCGUGGCAGAGGUGGUGUUUCCAGUUAUUCCCAGCCACACAGAGCUGAAGUGCUUCUCCGUUUUAAGAAAGUAUUUGAGGACUCUGAUAAUUAUUCAUAUAUUCAGAAAGUGCCUGCUAAAAUCCUGUGCCUUUGAUCAACAAACUCCUUGGAUGGAUAUCGCAUCUUCACACGCUGUGGAAGAAAAGGAACAUAAGAGAUGGACCCAGGCACAGGCUGGAACCUCCCACUCUCCAGAUAACUGAGAAGUCAUAUGUGCCAAGGGGAUUGCUACAUGAUGCUUUGGGUACGCUGGCUUGUGUUCAGGGCAUAUGUAUCCCACUCCGAUCUCAGGUUGCACCUCUGCCUGUUUCUAAAGUUUUUCAUUAAUGGUGAUUAAACUUGUAAUUUAGGUUUAAUUUCGGUCACGUCUCUCAGGGAACUUACUUUGAGGAGCACCAACGAUUAUACCACGUGCCUGGAACAGGUUGCCCAGAGAAAAUCACAGAAUGGUUGGGGUUGGAAGGGACCUUGAAUAUCAUCUAGUUUUAACACCCCUGGAGGUGGUGGAUGAACCAUCCCUGGAGACAUCCCAGGCCAGGCUGGACGGGGCUCUGAGCACCCUGAGCUGGUGCAGAUGUCCCUGCUCAUGGCAGGGGGGGCACUGGGGGAGCUUUGAAGGUCCCUUCGACCCAAACCAUCCUGUGAUUCUAUGUGCUCCAGGCUUGCUGGAAGCUGAUCCGCAUCUUGCCUGGUGCAGCAGUCUGCAGCAGAGCUACCUCGCGAGAGGCUGUACCACCACGAACCUGCUGGGAAGUCCCACGGCCCUGUUGAUGAUCUGAAGGAAGUCAGUCAGCUCCUCCAGCUGCCUCUCUGAUGAGGGGCUUGCGUAUUUUUUAGGUUCAUGGUAUAGCUUUUCUCUGGUGUGCUCUGGAGACCCCGAUUUGAUUAACUUCUGGGAAUCCCUGAACUUCGACUCAUUCUGGCUCUGCAGGACCAGAAAUAAACUUAGCUACUACUGUUAUGCUGGAGCCAUGAAACUCAUCUUCUGACCAGGUCUCCUCAAAGUUUGUGCCCUUUUUGUUAUUGAAUAUGUUAUUAUGGCUUUGAUUCAGACGCUCACAUGCCUCUGUGCUGCUGGUCUCUCUGAAGUCCCUGUGUGCAGCGUUGCUUAACAGCUCCUCAGUGUCUAAUGGCACUGGACAUGGGGACAGGGGAUAUGGGGACCAGCACACAAACCUGUUGCCCGCUGACUUUGGAGCAACAGGAGUUGCUAGCUGCGUGAUUUUCUUCAAGAUGAAUCUCUAUGACUUCAGCGUGUGCCUAAGCCCACUGGUCCCUGGGGCUUUUACUGCGUUUCCUUGUGUGGAGAAGACCUCAGUGAGCUUUAACACCUGUCCUGCUGCGUUGAAGUGCACGUGUCAAGGAACCAGUUGUCCUAUUUUAUUUCCGAAUGACACGUGUAAACUGUUUUUCUGAAGGAGCCUGCUGUAGUCUUAGUUCUUUAAAUACAUAUCUUAAAAAUAA